CCAAACUAUUCAGAAUAGAAACAGUAUUUUCCAAUAUGAUGAAGAAAAGUGUGUUUUUCAGUUUUUAUUUCAUUUUUCUUUUUCAACUUUUAAAAGUGUAUAAUAUAUUUUCACAAGGACUUUAUGAGGACAGAAGGAAAUUUCAGGGACCUUUUACAGAAAAUUUGAAAGAAAAUGUCUGUACCGAAAGUAUCAAAACAUGUGGUGUUCUACUAAACGUAUAUCAGACCAUGCAUCGAUUUACAACAGGAAAAUUAGUUGAGGUUCAACAGUCUGGAACAAAGAACGAAAACACGGUUAGUUUGUACAAAAAUAGGUCCCGAACAUGCCAACUUCAACUUAAAGAAAUGGAAAUGAAUGUUUCGGAGUCUUUAAAUGCAAUUGAUUCUUUGAGCAAAUUAAAUUUGAAUGCAGAUCUCAAACUACAGGAGCUUCAACUUAAAAUGAAAACAAAAACCAACAAAAUGCUAUCAGUAAACAAAUCCCUGUCAUUUUGUGAAAAGAAGUUAGAUGGAUGUACGUUUAACCUUGCAAACACAAGUCUUCUUCUUCGAACGACAAAUGAAACAAUUUAUCGCGCAAUCGAAAAAAUGGAACAAAAAUCACUUGAACUGAACGCCGAGAGAGCAAAAGUAGAUGCAAUCAACAACAGUUUAAAACAAUGUAACAAAGUCCUUAUGGAAGUUUACUCUAAUGUCACCGAUUUUUCCGAGGCCCUUAGAUUAGUGGAGAAGACAGUAUUAAUACUUAAGAAUGAGAGCUUGCGGUGCAAUUUGAUAUUAAAUGACACUUUAUCAAACUUAAACGAAACAUCGAUAGAGUUACAGUCUUCUGAGAUGGAGAAACAGAACUGUUUGAAUCUUCUUGAAAUACAGAAUAAAACAAAAUUAGAAAGUUUCCACAAAAUAUCAAAAAUGAAUAAUUCCUUGAACAGCUGUGAACAUAGCCUUGACAUUUGUAGAGGGAAUAUAUCUAAAUACAAGCUAAAUAUGUCCUUAACUGAGCUCAGGCAUUUGGAAAUGAUAAGCUCUCAGAAGACUAUUACACAAAGAUUAAAGAAUGAGAUUCUGGGUUUGGCUACAUUGAACGAUAGUUUGCAGAGAUGUGAAGAAAACUUACAAGUUGCUUUAAGAAACUUAUCUGAGUAUGACGUCAUAAUCUCUACAAUGAAUACAAACUUAUCCACUGCCAUAUCUUCAUGUUCCAACGAAACAAGCGCAUUAGAGGAAAGAUUACAGAACUGUGAAUCUUCACUUGAAUCAACCACGAAAGAUUUCUCUGAACUUGAAAUUCAAGCAAAAAGAAACAAUGUUACUUGCACUGAAACGCAAAGACUCCUUAAAAAGAAGACAGAAGAAUUUGAGCGCAAUUUAACAGAAUAUAAGUCUUUACUUGACAAAUUAAAAAGUGUUCCUAAAAAAUCAUGGACCGUUGACGAUCUGUGUAGAAACCUUCCUAAUUUCGUGUUCGAAGACAAGGAGCUGUGUCCUUCUUUCUAUGAUUGCAGUCAAAGUAGCCCAUAUCUUCAACAGUGUCCGUAUCCGCAGUUGUUUUCUGACAUCAACGCGAGAUGUCAAGAUCCAAGCACUGUAAACUGUGGCGAACGAAAUAUAACUUAUGGUUAUACCUGCGACUUUGAGAGUCUAUCCGACUCCAACUGUUUCCUGGUUAAUUCCGGUUCCGGAAUAUUCAGCUGGACAAGACAUACGGGAUCUACAUCUUCUAGUGAUACAGGACCGAGUUCGGCCUAUCAUGGUAGUUAUUAUAUGUAUAUCGAAGCGUCCAGUCCUAGGAAGUAUGGAGAUAACGCAGUACUGGAAAGCAACAAAAGAUUUCAAGAUAAAAUCUACUGCCUAAGUCUCUUUUAUCACAUGCGUGGCUCUAAUAUUGGAAGACUGAUAAUCAAAACAGAAAACAGUUCUUAUGGCAAGACUGUAUUAAAACAAAUUACUGGUGAACAAGGAAACACCUGGCAAAAGAUGGACAGUCUUAAUGUCAGUGUGAAUCGAAAUACAAAGAUUCUCAUCGAGGCUACAAGAGGAAGUAGUUAUGAAGGUGAUAUAUCAAUUGAUCUUGUUACCCUUUGGCCAAGGAAGUGUUGAACGUCGGGAAGAAAGACUAAAAGACAAGGCUUUUGGGAGUUCGUUUGAAAAUUAGGAAUAACUGAGAAAGGAAUUUCAGGAAAUAUGGGCACUCUUUUCAUCUAAUUUAUGUAAAUGUUUAACACAGUCGAAUUU